UUGCUGUUUUGUUUUAGGUCACGAUGGAUUCGAGAUCAUCAAUUGGAAGUCAUGUUAGCUAUUCAAUGCUUCCUCCUCCAAUAUCUUCGCCUAACAAAAAUUGUCUAUCCGCUGCUGCGAAGCGUUAUAAAUUUUUGAAACGCAUGAUUAAAGUUAGGCAGAUGGAUUUUGAAUUCGCAAUGUGGCAAACUUUGUAUUUGUUUGUGUCGCCGCAAAAAGUUUUCAGAGAUUUCCAGUACCGAAAGCAAAACAAAGCGCAGUAUGCCAGAGAUGACCCAGCUUUUCUUGUGCUCUUGCUGGGAUGGAUCGUCGUGUCGUCAGCUAUAUUCUCAUCAUUCCUUCAUUACCAUUUCUGGCAGUUCUUCGUUUUCACAUUGUAUCUCAUCACGGUUGGCUGUAUUGGUCUUGGAAUGGUCGUAGCCACUGGUCUAUGGUUCAUUACAAAUAGAUUUAUGAUUCGGAAAGAGUGCCGACAGCAAGACGUGGAAUGGGCGUAUUCCUUUGACGUGCAUCUCAACGCGUUUUUUCCGCCUUUGAUCAUCCUUCACAUAUUCCAGUUUAUAUUCUACCACGUGUUUUACGAUCGCCUCUCGUACAACCCGCAUAGCUGGUUUUUUGGACUUCUGCUCGGGAACUCGUUUUGGGUUGCUGCGCUUGGUGAUAGAAAAAGAAUGCAUGUGUUACCGUUGCACGACCGUCCUCAUUUUCCGAGCUUUCUGCUGGAGACACACGCGCGUUAUUCGCGGUUCCUGUCCUGUGCCUCGUUAGACACACUGGUGGAAGAAGAAAUCGCGUCUUCGCGCGCCGCCUCCGUGACGGCAGUGGGCGGCGGAUCUCGUCAGCAACUCUUUGAUCCCUUCUUAACCCCAUCCGCCGUCACUCUCAUGUUCACGCUGUGCAAAUCGCGGAAAUUCUCUCCGAGCGUCCGGUUCGCCGCCAUGCAGUACAUGGCGACUUUUGUGGCCAAACACCACGUGUCGAGAAAUGCAGCAAUGUGGGAACCCAUGAACCGUCGCAAAGCCCUGAUAGCGACUGUGAUAUGCAUGCAGUUGGCGUCCAAGAUGUACCUCGAUUCCGGUGGCAUGCUGACUGCGGACGUUGUGGAGGUGUUGCAGAAGUACGGGGUAGAUGGGUUCUCCGAGUCGGAGGCCCGUGAUGCGGAAACCAGUGUGGCUCUGAUGUUGGAGAUGCGGUUGAAUCGACCGACCCCGUUCAGUAUUCUGGAGGCUCUGAUCGUGGCCUUUGAAGCCGAGAAGCGACUGGACUUUAUUCCUCACGGCAUUGGCGUGUUUUACGAGACAGCGCUUUCGUUAUUAAACUUGGCGUAUUUUUGCAACGAGGAGAUUUAUGAGCAUUUCGUGAUGAUCUCGAAUUCGGAGUGCAAGCAGAAGUGGAAGGGAGUUGUGAAGCAUGAUCGGCUUUUGUUGGCCGCUGCUGUGUUCUCUGCUGCUGCGUGGCUCAUGAAAACGGACUCCAUUACGGAAAAACUGUUUGAUCUCGACCAGGCUCUCAGCAAACGGGUUCACACGUCGCUGGGUGAGAUCAAUCAGCUUCGGGAAGCCAUCUUCAUGAUUGUGAACUUCAUUCGGACUAUGUACGCGGAAGCUGAGAAUUUGUUGUCGUCUGCGCGAUAUUUUGAAGCUCUUCAUCGCGAAGAGUUGGAUUUUAGCGAUAAGCAACCCGGGGAAGUGUUCGCGUGUUUGACGCAGAACCGUACUUGCGGAGAACUGAUCUCGCAGGAUAAAACCGUUUACGGGGAAAUUCCCAAGUGUCGCGAGUGCGUCAGCGCCCAACAAAAUGGCCGGUCUUCCGAUCGGCUGUGUCGGUUUCAAGACUUCAGAACAUUCAUCUUCAGACGCAAUGUUGUUAAGCCCAGUGUCGGGUUUCUCAAGUAUUCCUACAUUGCGAACCCGGAAGAAUUCGAACCUUGGCUACCCACAAAAUCCGCUCUGCAGACUUCCCCGGAAAAACUGAAACUUUCCGCUGGUAAGAUGCUGUCCAACGUUGGUGAUUGUUUUUGUCGCAUUGUCAGAGAAGAACAGGAGGUUCUGGAUUUGCAUUCGAAAUCCUGUGAAGUUCAAAAUUACAAGCCUUCGGUCGCAUAUAAGCGUUUGCCUCCUUUGGUCCGAGAUAUUUGUGAUGUGUGUGAAACCACUCUGUUCAACUUGCAUUGGAUUUGCAAAGAAUGUGGCUUCGGAGUUUGUAUUGACUGCUACAAAGAAAACAAAGCCGAUGAAGAACGGGAUCCUGAUGACAAAGCCCUCCUUAGGAGACGCAUUUGGCCACCCUGCACGAAAGAGAAUCCGGAUCACUGUUCCACUGAUCUCAUGCUCACACAAUUAAUCCCUGGGAGCCUGUUGUUCGAUAUGAGCGAGGCGAUGCAUGCGUUGAGAGACGAACUGAAAGUUCCCUACAGUUGCGCUUGCGAGGAAAAGCGCUUCAAGAAACCAAAAGCUGAAGUGGGUCCCAUUUUAACGAACGGAACGGCGGAAAAAGAAAAGCGAAUUUCGACGAAAAUUCAAGAAAAUUAUGUGAAAAAGAUCCCGAAUAAUAGAAGAAGAAGGGGAAAGAAAGCUCCGAAGAAGCAAGUGAAUGGCUUCCAUGCGGAUGCGUCGGAUUCUCCCGGAAAACUCCCUGUGGUGUUCACCAAUGGCGAUUGUCCUGAUGAAAACUGUAAAAUGGAAGUUGGUGCGGUCGAAGAUGUUGAAAAUGUGAAGAAGGAUGUUUCUGCGCGUGAAGAUAUCGACGAUGUGAAAAAGAAAGUUUCCGCGCGUGAAGCUAUUGGAAGUGUGAAGAAGGAAUACUCCGCUCGAGAAGACCUGACACCUGGCCUAAUCCCCCUGCCUGAAAAAUCACUGAUGGAUGCUGCUGAUCGAAGAAUAAGCGAAACAUUGAAAUCUUCCAGCCUUCAACUCUCAGGCGUUUAUCCACGAACAUUUACGGGUAUUAAAGCUUUCGUCCAGGAAUGGGUUAACAUUUCGGAAGAAGUUGUCAAGAAAGAAUAUGAAGGUAUCGUCAAACUUCCGCACAAUAUUAGCACUGAGAAAGAUUUCGGCGAAGAAGUGCAAGAUUUGAUAUCUUUCUUUUCCAAAAAGGAAUCGAACGAAUCGGAAACGAAGCUUUGUAAGUUCGGACAAGGCGGGACAGAGUUCUGUAACCACAGAUUUGAAGGUCGGUCUGAGUUGGUGACGUCCGAACUUUUUCCGAACAGUCCGCAUUCCUAUUUGUGCAAUGGACAGAUGCUCUGGUUGCUGGAUGGCUCUCUUGACGAGGACGUCGCUCUUUUUACGAGGGAAUGGCGUGCUGGACAGCCGGUAAUAGUGAGCAACAUCGGAAAACGAAUGGAUCUCAGUCUGUGGAGGCCGAGUAAAUUCUCGGAUGAUUUUGGCGAAGAGGAGCAUGAUUUGGUGAACUGCUUGACCGAUAAAGUGCUCGUUAAUCAACCCAUGAAAAAAUUCUGGGACGGAUUCGACGACAAAAAGAAACGAAUGCUGUGUGGAAACGGAUUGCCGAUGUUGUUGAAGCUCAAGGAUUGGCCACCCGGAGCCGACUUUGCCGACGUGAUGCCCGACCGUUUCCGAGAUGUGAUGCAGGCCCUUCCGAUCCCGCCUUUUACGCGACGGGAUGGCAUAAUGAACCUCGCCUCGUAUCUUCCGUCGCAAUUCCUGCCUCCUGAUCUGGGCCCGAAGAUGUACAUUGCCUAUGGGUCUGCUGGAAACCCCAUGCUUGGGACGACUAAUUUGCAUCUGGAUAUAUCCGACGCAGUGAACGUGAUGGCGUAUGUCGGAAGCAGCGGCGAACUGCAGGAUGAAUUGAAAAUGAACGUGAUGGCGUAUGUCGGAAGCAGCGGCGAACUGCAGGAUGAAUUGAAAAAUGCCCCCGUGAUUCGGCGAUUUUUGCGAAAAAUCGCCGCCGAAAAGGGACAUCGCGUCAAAGCGGAUUCGGAUCCGAUCCAUGACCAACAAACGUAUCUGGACGACACACUUCGGGAGAGGCUGCGCGAGGAAUAUGGUGUGCUCGGUUAUGGCUUUGUGCAAUGUCUGGGCGACGCUGUUUUCAUCCCUGCCGGUGCUCCGCAUCAAGUCCGGAAUUUGCUGAAUUGUAUCAAAGUUGCCGAAGAUUUUGUUUCGAGUGAAACCCUGGAGAAGUGUUUCGAGUUGACGAAGGAAUUCAGGCGGCUGUCGGCCGCUCAUGCGAAUCGUGAGGACAAAUUGCAGAUCAAGAACAUUGUUUACCAAUCGAUAAGGCAGGCUUUGAGCACGAUUCUAUUUGUUUGUGUGUUUGUGGGGAUUGAUUUUGGGCCUGCAAACAUGCAGAGAACGGAAAAACAUCUGGAUGCAGCGUUGGACGCGAUGAUCCAACGCGUCACGGAUUUGAAGAAUGCCAUAGCUCAAGUGAUCGCUAAAAUUGAUGUCGAACGUGACACGUUGAAAUGGCCUUCAUUACUCGACAGUUACGGGCUUCUCACUGGCGAGCUGAACUCAUUGUUGAAGACCAUCAAGAACGAGAAGACGCCGUUGUUGCGGAAUUACGUUUCGCUUCCGUUGAUGCUGAAUCCCGAGAAAGACGACGCCUUGCUACAGUUGACUGACAACAGGGUCCCGUUUUUCAAUCAUGAUAGUGUUCCGUGUUUGCUUCGAACUAUACCUGAACCAGGUGUUGAGCAGUAUCAACAGCAGCUUGAAUCGAGAAUGAACCAAGGAAAUCUGGAAACACUUCAGAAGCAGAUAAACACGAUGAACAAGAUUUGCGGCCAUGUGAUAGAUUCUAUCAACAAUCAUACCCAGGAGAGAAGUGGUGGGAUCCCUGCACCUCAACAGACUUCAAAUAUAAACGAUACCCACAUGCUGGUGGCUGCAGUUGGGAUUGGAAGAGGUCUGAAAGUUGCCCCGAUGCAAAUGCAAGCCCCUGACCCGGGCCCGCCGCGGAUCGGACCUCCUAGACCCAUGGGCAUGAUGGGUCCCGGCCAACAAGAUGAAAUAUGCGGCAACCUGAUAAGCUUUCUUGUUUAUUCUCCCACGCCUUCUGAGAUCGUGUCAACCCGCGAUAGAAAACGGAGCAAGUUUGACGAAACUAAGAUUUCUGCGGAAAUGUCGUAG